AUGUCCAACUUGCCAUUGGAAGCCAUGCCUACAUCACGAUCAACAAGACCACGUUGGCGCGAUAAUUGUGUCGCCCGUGUCCACUCCGUUUGCCCCCAUGGCGCAUUCUGCCUCCUCGGAAACCACGCCAUGGCUAAUGGCGUGGAAUACACUCAGCUUGUCCCAAGAGCGCUCUCCUCAAACAAUAAACUCAUGAACAAGCUGGAGCGGUACUGGGGCAUGACGCGCCGCACUCUCAAUCUGGAUACUCGUUACAAUGUGUUCCCAUGCAGUAGCGGACUGCAUGUGUCGCAUGAUGCAUCUGAAUGGGGCCUGCUGCCUUUGGACAAUAUAGAUGGCCAUUUCUUGUACCGAUUUCUCCCUCUCCGCAAUAUGGAGACUGCCACUAUUACCCGCUACCUCCGUGUACCCACUGCAGAGGAUCCCCCACUGCGCCCUGAAGAUGUUGUAAAUCACUUCUUCCCUUUUGACUCCAUUCCACCUUUGAAGUCCCAUAUUCACCCCAAGUUCGCCAUUUUCGAGCUUGGACUUCAAUUAUAUCCUCCGUUCUUGACAUCUAUUAUGCUUGGACCAGGACUCCUCCCACUCGAUUUCUGGAGGACACAGUGUUCGACCCGCCGCCUGGUAGCAGUGACUGGAGACAGCAAGGAUGAUGAAUCGGGAGGCGAUGACGACGAUCCCAACGACAAAGACUGGAGUGAGGCUUCAACCAUUCAACGCCGAAUCAGCAAGCGCAAGUGCAAAACACCUACGCCACCUUCCCCCUCAGCUCGCCCAAAGAGGUCCCGCCCCAUGGGCGGCACCCUCCGUGCGAUACGUAGCUGUAUUCCUCUCAGCAAUCCGCCUCUGCGCAUCAAGGAGUGGGUCCACGGGACACAGCUGGCACUCGAUGCAGCAAACAGCAGGAAGUUGCUCAGUAACAGGAGAUGCCUGGAUGGGGAGAAGCCUACUACCAAGAAGCGCAAGAUCUCAUAA